AUGGAAGUCCUCACUCACCUUCUCUUUCUGGCCAUUGGUAUCCUGGCAUUUCCCAUGUACCUGCUGAACUUUCUGGGCUUGUGGAGCUGGAUGUGCAAAAAAUGGUUCCCCUACUUCUUGGUGAGGUUCUCUGUGAUGUACAACGAACAGAUGGCAAGCAAGAAGAGGGAGCUCUUCAGCAACCUGCAGGAGUUUGCAGGCCCCUCCGGGAAGCUCUCCCCGCUGGAGGUGGGCUGUGGCACCGGGACCAACUUCAAAUUCUACCCACCUGGGUGCAGGGUGACCUGUAUUGACCCCAACCCCAACUUUGAGAAGUUUUUGAUCAAGAGCAUUGAGAACCGUCACCUGCAGUUUGAGCGCUUUGUGGUAGCUGCCGGGGAGAACAUGCACCAGGUGGCCGAUGGCUCUGUGGAUGUGGUGGUCUGCACCCUGGUGCUGUGCUCUGUGGAGAGCCAGGAACAGAUUCUCCGCGAGGUGUGCACAGUGCUGAGACCGGUGAGUGAGUGGGGGAGGCCGGCAGCACUCUGA